AUGACACCCAAGAAGAAGCUUAUCAUCGAUACUGAUCCGGGAAUCGAUGAUAUCCUCGCUCUUCUGCUGGCGUUUUCUGGGAAGUCCGAGGAUGUCGAAGUCCUUCUUGUCUCCUUGACAUUCGGUAAUGUCGAGGUAAAGAGCUGCCUACGCAAUGUUGUCUCCAUGUUCCACAUCCUGGAGAAAGAGAUGCAGUGGCGUCGCGAGCAGGGUAAACCCGAGGGCUUUGACACAUUGCGCGCCCAUCCACCACUUGUCGCUCUCGGGGCGGAGGAUCCCUUGGAUGACCAGAAGAUGCUCGCAGACUACUUCCAUGGAAUCGACGGACUGGGUGGGAUCCACGGCAGCCAUCCCCAUUUGACUCCCAGAGAGGCCUGGGAGCAUCUUUUCGACCCAACCCAUGAGCCUGUCGAACUGAAGCCCGUACCUACGGGUACUCCAGCUCACCAAUCAUUCAUCCCCUCAAAGCGCCCUGCCCACGAGGAGAUGCUUCGCGUUCUGCGCGAGAAUGAUCCGGACACAGUUACCAUCGUGGCCGUCGGGCCUCUCACCAACCUGGCUUUAGCUUCCGCCGCCGAUCCAGAGACGUUCCUCCGGGCCAAGGAAGUUGUGGUUAUGGGAGGAGCCGUGCAUGAGCCUGGAAAUGUGACGCCGGUUGCCGAAUUCAAUGCGUACGCGGACGCAUUCGCCGCCGCACGGGUCUACGCCCUCACUUCCCCUUCUCCCAAGAGUACCUUGCCAAUCUGCAAGAGCCUGCUAGACCUCCCGCCAAACCUCAGCGGACAGCUCACCCUCCGUCUAUUCCCGCUGGACAUCACAUUAAAGCACGGCAUCAACCGCGGUCAAUUCCGGAAAGCAACCACCCCGCUGGUAGAGGCUGGCUCGCCACUAGCUGAAUGGGUCAAGGCCUUCAUGGCGCACACAUUCGCAACCCUGGAAAGACUGCACGCGAACCAAACAGGCGACGCGGCGGAACUCAGCCUGCACGACCCCGUUUGCGUAUGGUACGCGCUGACCGCUGAAGAUGAGGGGUGGAAGCCAGCUGAGAACUCACCUGAGGACAUUCGGGUGGAGACGACGGGCCAGUGGACGCGGGGAGCGUGCAUCAUUGAUCGGCGAGACAGGCACCCCAUUGAUGGGGACGAGGAGAGCUCGAGCGACCAUGGGUUGUGGUUGAGCAAGAGGGCUGGAAACAGGAUCUGGAGGAUGGAUAAGUCCCCGGCGGAAAGUAACUUUGGCGAGGUUCUGCUCGAGCGGCUCUUUACUUAG